GUGAUCGAAGCGGCAUAUUUCAUUGGUCUACGUUAGCAUAGUGUUUAUUUCCGGAAGUAAGUUAUCAGUGUCAGGUUUUCUAUCAGUGCUAUCGAACACAUCGGUUUAAAACGCGGCGACGACAGGUGUGUCCCUCAAGUCCAGGAUGGCACAUUGGUUUCACAGAAACCCACUGAAGGCAACAGCGCCCGUGUCUUUUAACUUUUACGGUGUAGCGGGAAGUACCGCUGCUAACAAGAUAUGCAAUGAUCUGAGGUCCACCAGGGCACGACUGCUCGAGAUGUUCACUGAUGUCACCUGCAACCCGGAGAUUAUGAAAAAUGCCUCAGAUGCUUAUUUCUCCCUCUUGCAAGGCUUCAUUGCAUCCCUUGAUGGAACUACACAGGAGAACAAGAUGAGAUUCAUCCAGAAUUUCAAGUGGACUGACACCUUACAGGGAAACACACCAAGUGCCCAACAAGAUGCAGUUUUUGAACUGGUGUCUAUGGCCUUCAAUGUUGCCGUCUGGUACACAAAGUUUGCCUCUCGACUUGCAGGCAAAGAAAACAUAACAGAGGUUGAAGCGAAAGAGGUUCAUCGGAGCCUGAAGGUUGCUGCUGGAAUAUUCAAAAACCUCAAGGAGGUUCAUAUCCCUCGUCUGAUCACUCCUGCAGAAAAAGGCCGAGAUCUGGAACCCAGAGUGAUUGACGCUUAUAUUAUUCAGUGUCAGGCAGAAGCCCAGGAAGUGACGAUUGCCAGGGCAAUUGAACUACAACACAAGGCUACAAUCGUUGCAGCGCUGGCAUAUGAAACGGCAAACUUCUAUCAAAAGGCCGAUCAUACCCUGAACACAUUGGACCCAGAGUACAGCAGCAAGUGGAGGAAGUAUCUCCAGCUAAAGCAGCUCUUCUACAUGGCCUAUGCCUACUGCUUUUAUGGGAAGACACUGCUUGCAAGCGACAAGUGUGGAGAGGCGAUACGAUCCCUCCAGGAAGCAGAAAAAUGUUACUCGGCCUCAGAGGCUUUGUGUAAAGAGUAUCGACAGACCAAAGGGCCAGGCACCACAGCCAAACCGUCAGAGCAGAUGUUCUUCCUCAGACUGGGCAGCGUCAUUAAAACCACACUGGAGAGGUGCCAGUCGGAGAAUGGAUUCAUAUACUUCCACAAGGUCCCAGUGGAGGCACCAGUGCUGGAGUUAAAGGCAGAUUACGGCCUGGCUGAGCCAAUCCCGUUUGAGCUGCCUUCUCUGAGUGAGCAGUGCACUGCGGAGGUUUACGCUACCUUUGACCUGACCAAGGGAGCUAAGAAUGACAAGGCUAAGCCCAAGGAGGAGGAGGUGAAACCCGUGAAGGAGCCAGAUUUGAAGCCUCAGAAAGACACAGGCUGCACCAUCUCCUAAACACUCGCACCGAUUUCACUCUCGGCCCCAUGCUUCGUCGUCGCCAUCCGAAUGUUAUGAUGGAAUCCGUAUUUCCAUCCACGUGCAUCUUCAUAGGUUUAUGUAUUUUAGAGGGUUACAUAAUGUUUUACAUCACCACCAAGCAGUGGGCAGUAUUUGCUGAAAACGUACGUCGUUGCAGUUGAACCGGACACAUUACACGUCAAUCUACGAAACCCCGACCCUGUAAAAGCCUUAAGACCAGCGCGGUUCUGUCGGUGGUGCCUUUCGGUCGCAGGGUGAACCCGUUCAAACCGUCUUCUAUUGAGACGGUCUGGGAUUUGAACCUGUGAUGCUCUGGCCUUUUGAACACAAAAAAAAAACAAACAAACAUUGAAACUGUUAAACA